CCCGUACAGCAAACAGACUCAGCUGUGCGCUCUAGGAUCGGUGAGCGGAUAAUGGCCAGAAGCUUUUGCUGUGAUGGACACAUAAAUGUUGCUGUUGAACGGGAACAGCGGUAAAAUGCUGCCGUGGAAGAAGAACAAGUUCGACCUGAUCGAGGAAGACAAGCAGUCCAAGCAGAAGGGCUAUGCGGUGAGCCUCAACUACUCCGCGCUCACCUCCUUCGCCAAGUCCUGCCCGGAGAGCGCGCUCAACCGGGUGGGCAGCAUGUUCAAGUCCAAGCGGAAAAAGGUGAAGAUCACCAGCGAGGACCCCACGUACACGGUGCUCUACCUGGGCAACGCGACCACCAUCCAGUCCAAGGGGGACGGCUGCACGGACGUGGCGGUGAGCAAGAUCUGGGGGAAGAGCGAGAUGGGGAAAAGCGGCACCAAGAUGAGGCUGACCGUCAGCUCGCAGGGCAUCCGGAUGGUGCAUGUGGACGAUAAAGCCAGGAGGCCGGGACACCUCUACCUGCUGCACCGGAUCACCUACUGCGUCGCGGAUCCGCGGUUCCCCAAGAUCUUCGCGUGGAUUUACAGACACGAGAUGAAACACAAGGCGGUGAUGCUGCGCUGCCACGCAGUGCUGGUGUCCAAGCCGGAGAAAGCUAAAGCCAUGGCUCUGCUGCUCUACCAGACCUCCGCCACAGCCCUGGCUGAGUUCAAGAGGCUGAAGCGGAGAGACGAUGCCCGUCACCAGCAGCAGCAGCUCAUCGGGGAGCAGACCAUCCCUCUGGUCCCUCUCAGGAAGCUGCUGAACGGACAGUGUUACUACAAACCCCCGGUGGAGCGCAGCCGCAGCGCGCCCAAGCUGGGCUCCAUCACCGAGGACCAGCUGGGGGAGGAAGAGGAGGAGAAAGCCAUGCACUUUGAGUGCGAGGACAUUUUAGACUCGGACUGCAUCAAUGAAAAACACGAGUUAACUCAGAUCAUUAACGAUCUGGGGGAGAUGAGCAUAGGGAACGACUUGCAGACUCUGAAAGCUGACCUUAGGGUCACCAGACUGCUCUCUGGGGAGAGCACAGGGAGCGAGUCCUCCAUAGAAAGCAACCAAGAGCCUCCCCCACUCAGCAACGGGCUGGGGGAGGUCAAGGUGCUGGAAGUAGCCUAAAUGUUGAUUAUCUGUGCCUCACUGCAGCCUUGUUUAUUUGAGCCACAUUGUCUCCAUGAGCAACACAUGCAGAAAUGCACCGACCACCUCUCCACUUUCCCAUUUUGACCAUCCAGAUAUUAUUUGGUUAAUUAAUCUGAUUGAAACCUGGUAAAAUUUAAAGUAAAUAUCACAUAGAAAUAGUGAAUGCCCUUGUUUGACCCAGUCAAAGAGUAAAACUGGUAGAACUUAGUUUUAAACUAAUUUGCAUUCAGAUUCCAGUCAUGGAUGACAGCCAAUUACCGGUCGGUGCAUGUCUAAACAUUUGUGCUCUGUGUGGAGCGUCUGAUAUGUGCCUCAACAACUAAAGGAGAGAAGCUCACUGUUGGGUUUGAAGCUACUGCCGCACACAAACUUACAAUCAUGCUACUGACACUUUACCAGAAACGGCAACCAUGGGAAAAUGCACACCUGAGAGAUAAGCCCCAAUGUGACUGAGGAUGGCUGCAGUAAAUCUGCCUCUUCUGGUUUAAGAGGAUUUGUUGCAGCAUCAAGGUUGUUCACUUAAGGUUUAUUUCUCACUUGAAACAUUGUGAUCCAAAAGAAGCAGCAUUCCGUUUAUUUUUUUGUUUGUUUUUUGUAAAAGCACCUUUCCGUCUUCAGUGCUCCAGUGGGUCAGAAUAAACCCCUCCUCAUUUUCCUGAAGAGAGCUUCUGUGACAUCCUGCUUUACUUUUGCACUGUUGACAAUUAUGUACAUAAUGUAUGCCGCUAGGUUGUCUCAGACAUAAAUGUCAUAUCUUUGCUGUGCAAAAGAGGAAAAUAAAACAUUUAUGUACUAAGUUGUAAUAUAUGUUUUAGCUAUAACAAAAGUUGUUUUUUAAAAAAAUAUAAAAUGUGGUUUGAUAUGUGAACCUCAUUGAAUUCUCAAUAAAAUGA